GGGGACAGCAGACGAACCGCAGACGGACACCGCGACAUCCUACACGACCUGACCGGGUGAUGUGCUCGAUCUGCCGGCCUGUGUGCUGAGGGAGACACCGCAGUGCUCAAACUGAAGAGCUAAAUUGCCUAAAUUGCACAGACGGGAAAUCUGCGUGAAAUCAACAUGGUGACUUUGGAAACCCCGGAGGCUCCCGUACCUCUGACGGCCCUGUCCCGCUGGUACCUCUACGCCAUCCACGGCUACUUCUGCGAGGUCAUGUUCACGGCUGCCUGGGAGUUUGUCGUCAACUGCAACUGGAAAUUCCCCGGCGUGACCAGCGUGUGGGCGCUCUUCAUUUAUGGCACCUGCAUCCUCAUCGUGGAGCAGAUGUACCUGAAGCUGCGUGGCCGCUGCCCCGUGCUGCUGCGCUGCAUCAUCUACACUUUAUGGACGUACCUGUGGGAGUUUGGCACCGGGCUGCUGCUGCGCCAGUUCAAUGCCUGUCCCUGGGACUACUCCGAGUUCCGCUACAACUUCAUGGGGCUGAUCACGGCUGAGUACGCGGUGCCGUGGUUCUGCGCCUCCUUCAUCGUGGAGCGCCUGGUUAUUCGCAAAACACUGCGGUUGCGCUUCCACGAGGGGCCGGAGGACGGCUGGUCGAAGCAUCGGUUGGAUGCUGGGGGUGGAGGAGGACCUGUGGGGGGUGGGAGGAGGAGAGAGAGGAGCAGAGGGAUGGGAAGUGAUGCUAAUGGCUACCUUAAAGUUGAAUGAAUGAAGAACAUUUGAACCCAGCCCAAUCGUCCUGCUACACCUCCUCCACCCUCUUCAGCCACUUUCCAUUAUCUCCCCCUGUUAACUGUUUGGGGGGGGACAAACAGACAGCCAUGCAGACUGGGCUGGGCUCAGAAAACAAAAUUCAACUGGGUUUAAGAACACCCAAAUCACUCUGUGUGCCCUCAUUGGUCAACAGAGAUAACGCCAUGCUGCUGUGUUUGCUGCAUCCCAUAAUACCCCCACCCAUUCCCAUGUGCCGUUGACCUUCAGGAGAUCAGUUCCUUGAAUGACCGGGACUACACUCUCAAUUUCUCAUAUCCCAUAGACUGCAAAGAACUCGGGAUUAAAAAAAAAAAAAGUUUCAGAGAUUAGCGUUAUCACCCUGCAGAGCAACAAAUAGUAAUAAUUCUGUUUUCAAGGGCACCUCUGGGUGUCUGAAAACGUCUGCUGCAUAGAAGACAAAAUAAGAAGUAGCUGCAGCUGUUCUUUUUCAAAUGUAAAUAAAGUCCUUUAGUAUUA